AUGAAACUCAUUUUAAUAGGUGCGCUGCUGGGCUGUAUAAUUUCAACAAGUGCACAGGAUACAACCGCACAACCUUCUCAGGCGUCGACAGCUGCACAGGAUGUGAACAUGAAUGAGAAUGUGUCCUUAUCUUCACAGGGUGCGACGUCAGUGAAAAGCACCGCAAAUUCCACAGCAUCGCAAGGAAUUUCGGCUGAGAAUCAGCUACUUCAUCUAUUGACAGACCACAGAGCUCAGAUGCACUCGUCUAACGCUUUCCUGAAUGAAAUUGGGAAUGCUAUCAACCUAUUGGCCGUCAAUGUGCAAGAGCAAAUCCAUAGGCUGCCACAGCUGAAUCAAACGAAGCAACAGCUGGCCAAGGCUAGCGAAUUGGCCCAAAAUCAAACGCAACAAGUUCUGCAGAAGCUCCACAAAAUGACUCAAGAAGUGCUCACUAAGAUGGAUCGAACUUCCCACAGCAUUGAGUAUGUGAUACAGGAACAAGAAGUCGUCAAGGAGCAGAUCAAUAGCUUGCAAAGAGAGCUCAACUCGCACCAACAGCAUCUGCUCAAUAGCACUGAGAAUAUUGACAAAAAUCUCCUGCAGCUAACCGAGCUUGUCUCUAGCGCCGUGCUGCCCCGUAUACAGAGUCUGAAUCACUCCUUCAGCAGUCUGAAUCACUCGCAAUCGAAUAUUCAGCUGGAGCUGAAGAACAUGGCUCAGAUCAAGGAGGCUACCACGGCAGCUGCAGGCCAGCUCAAUGCCUUGGAUCUUCAACUAUCUUAUCUAAAUCUCACCCAAAACUCUCAGCUGCACAAAAUAGCCGAAGCUGUCAAGUAUUUUUGUCCGCAGCAGGUAGCUUUAAUAGAUAAGGGCUUGCAGGACCUAAUUGUCGCUCAACAGCGCUUACAUUCAAAGCUGGCCGUUUGUGAGAGACAAUCAGCAAAGCCAAAGAGCUAUGAAGUGCAGAAGAACCCAGCCAAGCCCCUAGCUAAGUCUUAUAAGAUUAGCGAGCCAAGCCAAAGGAGCUACAGCACAGCUAAUGCAAAUCCAAGCCAGCCAGAAUAUUACGUUUAUGGUAAGACAUCCCCGUCACAGCCUGGCAAACCCAAUCUGGCUUACAGCAAUCAAAUCAAAGCAUCCCAGCCACAGCUGAAGAGCGUUCUGUAUGAAAAUAGUGCAAUGAAAGCAGAGCCGAAAUCCAGCGACUUUUACAUAAAUGACAUGCCCUACCCAUCCAAGCUCGAUAAGGAUUCCAUGCCUGCAACGCAACAGCCCAAUAAAAAUGAUUUGACAUAUGAUUUGGUUGAGAUGCUUGCGAACAAGUCGCAGGAUAUACUAAAGCCCGAUGUUCAGCCGAGCAAAUCCGUUGAAAUCUACAAUGGCAAGCCAAGGCAGCCGCAGCAGAUCUACGAAUUGGAUGAGGGAACUAGUCGAAAUCAAGCUGCAGCCCAGAGCAAUGCCAAAUAUAUCUUUGAUAUAGUCAAGGCCCAAGGCGAGCAACCAAAUGCGAGCUAUAAGACUCCGCAAUUCAAGCCCAGGCGAAAUGGUGGCACAUAUUACGGCAAUGCAUUCACCAGUAGCUAUGCACAGGUGCCACAAUCCUGAAUAAUCAACUAUGGGGACAUUUGGGCUACAUUAAAUAUAU